CACAGCAUUCACUCGUAAUAUUCAUUCCAUGGCACCAUCAUCGUUACGUCGAGCGACUAGAGCCGCUCGCAAGAAGCUGUUUGGUCAUUCGGAAACCGCGCUUGCGCCUGAGCCUGCUCCCAAGACCGAAACAUCGCCCGCUGCAUCAAGUUCAUCCACAUUACUGAAUUCACCUGAGCGAAACGGGAGUGGCGAAACUCCAGCCAGCCCCAGUGAGGGUCAUAAUCAGGACACAACGGCUCAAAAUCUCUCCACGAUAGAACCCAAUAACCAGACCACUAUGCCACCAUCACCAGCUUCUGAUCUUCCACACCAACCCUCCUCUUCACUCAAACCCCGCAGCCUUACUUCGGACGGCCAAGAAGAUCAUGAACUGCACCACCAGGGUACAACGAGCCAGCGCCUCUCCCAUGUGGAACUCAAUAACGAUACCACGAUGCUAGCUUUUGACCCUCCACACCGAAGCCCUUCCUUAACGCCAAGCAACGCUUCACUCGAACAAUUGCUCAAGUUCUCUGGAAAGUACCGUGAAGAAAACGCACUUGUUGCUCCCACAGCGCCAGCAAGCACCUCGGCCAAUGUCUCAGUUCCUUCGUCUUUCGCAAACCCGCCGCCUCUUCUUCCAGCGAGCGCUUGGACUUUUACCCCCUCUCCCGCAUCGAGCUCUGGAAAUCAGCAUGGUCCUCCGCUUGGAAACAGUUCAGCGAAUAAGUCCUCUCUUCCGUCCGUCACCAUAAAGCCGCCUACUCCACCACCAGCAAGCGGUCCAGCUGAUGCUCCCUCCCGUGCAUCGAGCUCUGCAAAUCCGCAGGUUCCUUCGCUAGCACGCAAUUCAGCUAAGGCUACCCCUCCACCGAGCUCUGCAAACCAGACAGCUCUUUCAUCAGCGAGCAGCUCAGCUAAUGUUAGGGGUCCUUCGCCUUCUGCAAACCCGGCUGUUCCGCCCCCAGGAUUCAAUUCAGCAGAUACACCUGCUCCGACGAGCUCGGCGAAUGUUCUAGCUUCUCCAAAGAAUGUGGACUUCGCAGGGCCCUCGAGCCCACUGCAUAAGAUUCGCCGUUAUAGCGAAGCUUUCCUACUAUCAAGCGUCAGAAAUGCUCCAGAGAAGGACAAACUUUUGGCUUCGGGGAGUAAAACUGAUAAACCCAAUUCAAUCCUCAAGCCGCAACCCCAGGAGAUGCAAGCCCGGGCUGAUUCCAACUCCCCCAAAGUAUACGUCGUGAUUUUAUCAACUGCUAGAGCGAAUCACAUAGGAACUUGGGACCAAAUUUUGCACAAGAUCCAAGGCGUAUAUCAGGGCGAACAGGAUGCCGACAACAAAGUUAUUUCGAUGUAUAACGUGGCUGUAUCAGAUCCCAGAUAUCAGAUUACAUUUCGCGCUAAGGGGCAAGGGAGCCCGUUCUACUACUGGGAAACUUCCAACAUGGUUGAUGGUGGUCAUAUGCGAGUUUGGGUUGAAAGGUGGGGCGUGAAAGCUGAGAGUAAUGAACCGAAGGCGGUGCGCAAGAUACGCGGUAUGCUUAAUCCUUAA